UAUCUCCCUUUCUCCCCAGAGUCUCAAAUAUGUCGUAAGAGUCAAUGUAGAUAACCAACUAUUGUCCUUUGUUGUAAUAGCAAGAGCAGCGAUUCCCCAACUUCAGGAGCGAUUAGGAUACGUCUCCACCUCGAGCCGUAACCGAGGGAAGUUUGGUUCCAGUGCCCGAGGGGUGGUCUCGCCACAACACACGGCACCAUUGUCUACGACUCUCGUCUCAGAAACACCAACCUCGCCACUACUGAUCUCCAGUCGGUCAGCUUCCCGCCAAAUCUGCCUCCGAGCAGACGACCUGCUUACCUCGAGUGUGGUACGUGCCGUGGUUCAAGUAGAGAUAGAAAGAACAGUUUGGAUGUCGCCAGCAGCAGCAACAGCGGCCACAAUCGCGGAUAAACGGUCCAGUGUUAGCGAUCUCGCCAUCAGCUUGUAGCAGAUUCAUGGGGAAUAUAAAGUCCACACCAGCGCAACACUGCGAGAACGCUGUUCACCUACCGACGAGGACCGCCGUCUAGGACACUCCGCUCAGAGGCUCACGAUGAGGAUGAAUGACGUCCUCCACAGUCUGAUGUCCGUGGUCGUCGGCGUUCAGUUGCUGGGUGACGUUGUCGGCAACAUGGCGCCGUUCAUGAGAAGGGCGAUCCAACCUUCAUUGCCCGUAAACCCCGCUUCCCAAGGACUGAUGUUGAAAAUACCCAUCCGUGAUUCUGACCUUCUCAGACUCAAACCGAGGAAGAAGCAUCUCAAGACACACAAACUCAUGAAAAGACUUUCAGGGGAUUUCAACAAAAACUACAUGUCUGUCGAGAGACCGAGCAUUGUUAAUGAAAUAAUAGUGCAACAAGUGCAGGACGAGACGGUGGACGCCGUACAGAGCCUCGACAUCGACCUGACCGACAUCAACGGCUUGCAGCUUCAGUUGAAUCAGACGGUGAUCCAAGCGAUGCAGUCUUGGCUGGUUCGCAGGGCUUCGUGCCCGGUCCAUUACCGCUGGGAGGACCUUGGUAGCUUCUUCUGGCCACGCUGGAUUAAGCGUGGGGAGUGUGUAGGGACCCCUUCCUGUUCCUGGCCCCCAGGGAUGCACUGUAUCCCCACUAAAUCACGACGGAUCAAGAUUCUCAGGUGGCACUGUCGACCCUGGCGGGGAGGCAGAGGUCGAGGCAGACGACCCUCAAGGCAUGGCGGGAACACGGAUGAUGACUCCAAUGACACGGAGACCUGGGUGCGACCCCACAGGGGCCGCCAUGUUAAACUCGGGAAGCGAUGCAAAUGGGUGAAGGUGCCGUACCCAAUCACAGAUUCGUGCUAUUGUGGAUGCUGAGCAGGACUACCUUGACCUGACAAGGAUACUGUGAAUCGAGUGUAUUGUGAGCAACGCCUCACGGACACCAGGUGGCGCUGAUGUGGCAUAUGCAUAACUGUUGUGCGACGUAUGCGGACUUGGUAUAUAGAGGGCUUCGUGUUGUGUAACUGUGGAACGUGCUGGAACCAUGGACCAUCAUGGUAUGACACCUGAACAUGCUGAAGGCGAUGAAACUUGUUCCGGUUCCGCCGGAAGUUGACUGUAUUACCGCCACAUCGCGAGUGUGAUACAUAUUAGUGUUGUAUGACAUGUACAUAUGUGUGUAUAAUAUAGGUAUAAUGUGUUGUUGCAUAUUUUUACGUAUACACUGCUUACAACACAGCUAUAAUGUGUUUGACAAAGGGAGUUUCUCACCGACGUAGAAUAAUCUUAAGCCGACAUGCCAUCUAUGACCACCGGAGAUUGCCGAGAGUCAACUGAGUUCACAGAACCUUUGUUUCAGCACGUGUUGAACCUGCAGGUGUCCAUGGUUACCGACGAAUGUUGUAAAAUGUAAUAUUGUAGCACCGUUGGUGUUAUCCCGUUCCUGACAAAAAUUGGAUUAAUGGAACCCUGAGAUCAGAUAUUAGGUAGGUAGAACAUUAAUCAAAUGAUGUCUUGGUCGGUGUGUACCGAUAGCUUUGAAGCCUUCGUGAGAUAAAAUAUGAGAUCUCUUGUGAACGCGUUAUUUAAAGGGAUGCUCUUGAAAGAGCAGUAACGAUGUCGGGGCGUGGACCAACAUACACGCCCUAGAAGUGAAGAUGUCGUGUCACCAGCGGAACGUCAGAGCACGGUGGUUAUGCUAAUGGUCUGGAUAUUCGGGGAUGGCGCGUCGGUAUCGUGUCGGCUGUAAAUACCAUGCUUUACACAUAGGUACUGUACAUAAAGUGUUAUGUAAAUAUCAAACUUUGAACAGUUAUUAUAAAGUAUUAUUUGCAUUUACA